UCACAGGUAGCGGCGAAUCUCAAGAUUAGAUAAGAUAAAGAAGCAAGGACGAAAGAACACUCGUAGAAACAUGUUUUCGGCAAUCGCUAGAGACGCUUGCAGAUAGCAAGACAAAUGAAUGGUUAAAGAAAAACAUAAAAGUGACCAUGAUAUGAUAGGAGUGCAAGUGGUUUUGGCACCAUCGAAAGUGAAUCAAGUGAAGUGGUUACAGAAAAUGUUUGUGCAGUGAUUGGUGGUUUUAGUCAUGGGUUGCAAGCUUGGGAAGAUGGUUGCUUCGGAGAGGCAACGGGGGGGGAACACCACCCAGGAGUUGGGGGGAGGGCCGCCCCCCGCCACGGAUCCCCGGUUGCCGUUGACCGCGAAGCAGAAAUACUCCAUGCUGGCCUCGUGGAAAGGCAUAUCCAGGGCGAUGGAGAAGACUGGCAUUUGUAUGUUUAUAAAAUUAUUCGAAGAGAACCAAGACCUGCUGCACAUGUUCGAGAAGUUCCGCCAGUACCGGACCAAGGAGGAGCAGAUCAACUCCAUGGAGUUAGCAGAGCACGCCAACAACGUCAUGAACACGCUGGAUGAGGGCAUCAAGGGCUUAGAUGACCUGGACAACUUCUUCGAGUACAUCCAUCAGGUCGGCGCCAGCCAUCGGAAGAUACCCGGCUUUAAGGUCGAGUACUUUUGGAAAAUCGAGACGCCAUUCUUGGCGGCGGUCGAGGCUACCCUCGGCGACCGUUAUACACCGAACGUGGAGAACAUCUACAAAAUCACUAUCAAAUUCAUCCUGGAGACCCUUGUGGAAGGCUUCGAGAAGGGAGGCAUGGCCAACUCCACGUGAGCGCAGUGUGGAAACUAACUUCCAAUGAACAAGUAAGAAAGUGGUCCACUAGGUUAACAGCUGCUUCAGCGUCAGUUGCUAACUGCUGGGGGCAGUUGGUAACUGCUAGGCGAAUUAUUCAAGGACUUUGCAAACUUUUGAUAAAUUUUGAACCCUUCGCUCGCAAUCAAACAUAAACUCGGCAAUUCAGACAUCUGUUAGCUUAGUGAGAACACUUCGAAGCGAGACUAGACUCCAUAAUCAGGAGAGGAUAAGCAAAUGUCAAUUUAACAGUGAGCAUUGACUAUACAGUGUUUUUAUGAGACUAUUUUACGGCGAUCCCGAUGUUACGAUAAACUGGAAGGCUUGCAGUGAUCAGUGGUCUGUUAUAGAUUCUUGUAGAAUAAUGUUUGGGGAAAUAUGAUUGUAGAUAAUAGCGCAAUGAGUGUGUCUGUUGGUGUAAUAUUUUAAUUAGAAUGUUAAGUUCUGCGCGAACGCACACCUUUCUUCAUAUUGCUGGGAACAUAUUGAUGACUAUUUUCGAUUAGAACAUUUCGUCCAAAACUGUUGUGUACAACUGCCACUUAGUAAUGUUGCUGUACAAUGUAUUGAAUAGAAGUUCACCCAAUAUAAAAUAUUGUUGCUUCUUCUGUCAAACGCUGUAAGGCUGAUAUCAAGUUAUGUAGAUACAAACGGCCUACAGGUCCUGGUAUUGGUUAAUUAAAUGCUUGUGUCAUAGUGUGUAAUGACACGGGUCGCCAUACCAGAAACCAGAAUAACUAAAAAGCUAUAGAAGCGGACCACCCUCAUAUUGCGGCAUGCUGUAACUUUUGAGAGGACUAAUCUGCUGGCUGGCCUGCCCUCUGUUGAAUUAAACUGUCAAAAAGUUAAUUAAUGGUCAAAUGACAAAUAGCCCUGUAGGCAAAGUCGUAUUACAGUUUGUGCUCGUGUCAAAAAAAGGUGUGCGUUCUAGCAGCGCUAUAAUGUCACAAAACGCUUGUUAUGAUGAAAAAUAUAUUAAUUGUAAUUAUUUAUUGUUAUUGUAAUGUUGCACUAUAUUUUAAUUAUUAUAAUGGCUGGUCCAAAUGUAUUUUAUUCAUUUGAAAUGUAUUGGCGUUCGAGUUUUCGCUUUUAAAAAUUAAAUCGUCUUCCGGUAUGUGGGUUGAUAAUUUUGUGACUUACUUUUAAAUUUAUUUUUAUUUACUAAAAAUAAUUAUGACCUCUUAAUAAUACGAUAAAGGUACACGUUACCUAUUUCCUCUGGCAUUUGUAUCUUUUUUGUUGCAAGAACAUACUUAUUUUAUAUGUUUAAACGUUAGGGAUGUGUGCUAGAAAAAAAAUAAUUAUAAUUUUAUGAUAACGUUUAUUAUUGCAUCAAAUAUGUAAAAUCUGUCGUCGUAAAUGUUGUUUAUGUAUAAGUAACUAGUCCUACAAGAUAAUAUAUUACAUAAAACAUUAAUUGUAACAAUGUAAAUAUUUCUAUACAAAAGAAUCCUUUAUGUAAAAGCGCAAUUUCAAGCACAACAUUGUUUAAAACUGUAUACUGAAAAAUAUUUCUAAAAUCAUUUUGGAACUCAAAAAUUUUAUAACUUUUGUCACAAAAAUAAUUCAAAGUUAUUAUUUAAUUAUAUUUUGUUUAAGUAUUUGAUAGUCAAUUUAAUAUAAAAUAUGUAUAUGUGUGUGUAUGAAUAAAUUGACUAUACGAAAAAUCAUAGAAGCAGAUAAAGGUGUAAAUGAUUUUGUUAAGAAGGCAUAAUAAUAAACGACGCAUUUUCAUUUAAAAUUUAAAUAAUAUUAUACUCUCAACGCGACGGUAUACCAGCGGCUACAGGGAUCUCUUAACAUAAGAGGUACAAGAUUUUAUUACCAGGUAUGACAAAAAGUGUCGGAUGCAUAAGCACAUACAGUAGUAGGUACUUUUAAAAAAAAUACGAAAAAAAUUUUCAGUUUCAUUUUGGUUUGCUUCUAUGAUUAUCGUUCACCAAAUGUAUGUAAUAUAGAAUUUUCUACAUGCUAUCACUAGAAGGGCCAAUAUUAGUCAGAGCAGACGUUUUAAUACAACUUUCGUACUAGUAUUAUAUUUUCUAAGGAAUAUAAUGCUACGAAGUGAGCUCUCCAAAUUGGGCGGGCGGCCCGCCCAAGUCGUUGACUUAACUUCGUUAUAUUAUAAGGUGCAUAGUCUGUGUAAAUAAUGGUUUUUGUGACCGCAGAAUAUUAAGUUUUACUACAAGAUCUGAACUGAAAUCACAAAAGCUAUCGUUGUGAAAAAUGAGAUGUAUUUAUGCUGUAAAGCUUGGCUGGGUUUAGAAUUAAGUUUUCGUUUCAUGUUGUUGCUUCAAUCUUGCUUUUACUUUGAACGCAUACAAUUUAAAAAAUAAUGAUUUCAUGUUUUUAGAUAGAGUGAUUUUAUUCCCUCGUCAAAAUUAAAUAAAUAACUACCUA